GCCAUCCCACGCGAUGGCACGAUAGUCGAUUUGGAUUUUGGGUCUAGAAUCUAGAACUAACUCACUGACUGUGAUCUACUCUGUAGAAGUAGAACUGGAAAAGACGAUCGUUGCCGAUACAGUGUACUGCACUGGCGAUACAUGUGACGAAUACUUUACUAUCUUUAGCAGCGCGCGGGUAAGAUCAUGGAAAGCGCCGAGUCCGUGUGACCAGUGGUGACUCAGUCUGAGUCUGUGACAGUGUGAGGUUGCGAAUGAUAUUCGAGUGGUCGGAGUUCCUUGAAAUCAGCCGCGUGCGAAUGUACUACAUGAUUGUACUGUGAAUCAUCCGUCUUUGUCGAAAGGCCUGCUUUUGCUUUGCCUAGGCUUUACUCCCUGGAUCUCGUAGAGUAACCUCCACUGAAACAAGCACUGAGCGGCAGUGUCACGCGAGCCUAGCCGUGAGCUGUUUUUCGCCCAGUUGCGUCUAGUAGAACAUGCUGUGUAAUAAUAGUGUUACUGUUAUUAGUGCACCCGUGUUUACAUGGUUUAGCUGUUGGUGUGUUUUCCGACUUGUGGGAUCCUCUGACUGCUAUGUGGACUGACCUGAGCUUUUUUGACAGCUGAAUGGGCAGGAGCAGCAGCUCAGCAGCUGUACAUGUGGUGUUCUGCAUUGAAGCGGGACCCCUGUGCUCCGGAAUGAGUGCGUUUUGCGCUAUUGUAGUCUUGUACAAGUUGUAGCGUUUUGCAUUCUGUAGCCGCUCUAUUGUACUGUGCCUGGCAGUGGUUGGCACCUCAAGGAGUUCGUGUGAACCUUCUAAUGAUCAUCGACUACCUGCAGAGCUGGGGAGAAUAGCGUGGUUAGCGUCAGCGCGACUCUAGACGCGGAGUGGACAUUUUUUCUAUCGGGCAGGAUGGAUCGAGGUCGCUGCUGCGUAUCCGUUCUUUUUCCGCUCCUACUAGUGUUACUGUGUUGCGCAGGUUGCGUGAAAAGUCUGGAUUUCUUCAUCAAGAAAGAUGUGCUCGAAGCAGUACUUGAUGAUGGUUCGCCCUUUCCCGUUACUGGAAGCAGGAUUCACUUCAUUCAAAACAACGUAAUAAAUGACCAGGUUACUCUUACAGUCAACAGUUUCUUCAGUAUCAAUACCCGAGGGAAUGAGCUGGACGCUGCGGAUCGUCUUUUCUUCAACUAUGUUAUAGGAAGUACGGAGCAUGUACAGUACAACAUCACUGUGUCCUCCGAAGUGCCGAGUGUAGCUGAUGUGCAUCUCGUGAAUACCACAAACAUAGGCCGGCUCAAUGCCAGUAAAGAAGGAGAGUUCGAAAUAGAUUUCCGCUGCCUGCAGCAACAUUUUUUGGAUGUCGAUUCUUCAGCCCAGUUUGAAUUUGUUGUGUCAGAUGACACUGGGCAGCAAAUUGCCAGGCUUAGCAUUGCUCUGGACUUCAAAGUGGAUUGUAAUGUCACGGUGCCUACGACUCUCCCACCAACAACCAUUCCACCCACAACACUUGCUCAAACAACGGUGCCCGUACCGGACACCACACUUCCCGUGGCAGGCACGCUUCCUGUGGUCAUGACUAGCGGGAGCGUGGGCAGCACAAGCGCUCUGCCCGCGGAGAAGAAAUCCAGCGCACCCGUGCUGUCUCCACUGGCCAUCAUUCUGAUAUGUGUCGGCGGAGCUGCAUUCGUGCUCGCAGGUGCCAUCAUCUGUGCAGUGGCUGCAUACCACCGGCGUAAGACUACACGCUCUCAUGAUGUCAGUGCUGGCAGCACACCAGUGGAAGAUCCGGGGUCACAGCGUAUCCAAAAUGACACUCAGUACAGGGGAAUGAACAAUAGUGCUGCAGCAGCAGCGAGCAACGCCGGUGCAGAGGGACAGUUCGUUGACUUGCCUCCGGCCAAGUCUAUAGACGAUAAUGAAGACUUGUUUACCAGAUACCUCGGUAGCGAGUUUGUCAUCAACCGGGAAGAAGUAAAAUUUGGCAGGGAGCUUGGCAAAGGUGCCUUUGGUGUAGUUUACGAAGGCAUGUGGAAAAAGCACCAUGUCGCCAUCAAGACAAUGAAAGGUAAUGAAGGACAGGCGGAGAUUGAGAAGUUCCUGGAAGAGGCUCAGCGCAUGAAGGAUUUCCAUCAUGUCAACGUACUGGGGCUGAUCGGCGUGUGUAGCAAUGCCAACGGCAGUCCGCAGAUCGUUGUGCCGUACAUGGCCGGUGGCGAUUUGAUGACCUAUUUGAGAGCGCACGAUUCCGUCCUGACACCGGGCUCCAUUGAGCUGACAGAGCAGCAGAGGAUUAACUUUGCAGUGCAGUCGGCGUGUGGCAUGGAGUACUUGGCUUCACUUAACUUUGUUCACCGUGAUUUGGCUGCUCGAAAUUGCAUGUUGUCCGAGGACCUGAUUGUCAAGAUUGCAGACUUUGGUCUGGCGCGCGAUAUUGACGACUCGUCCUACUACGUCAUCUCAUCUGAGUGGAAACUGCCUGUACGCUGGAUGGCUCCAGAAAGCCUCACUGUACACAAGUUCUCUGUCCUGUCGGAUGUGUGGAGUUACGGCAUUCUCUUGUGGGAGAUCUUCUCGUCCGGUCAAGUGCCCUACCCUGGCCUAGACAAUUCCCAACUGACGGCAUACCUGCUUACUGGCCAGCGCUUGAUAAAACCCAACAUGUGCCCGGACAAACUCUUCACCAUAAUGGAGGACUGUUGGAAGCAAGUGCCCCAAGAUAGGCCUAGCUUCACACAGAUCCUGCGUCGCAUCGAGGACUUUGACACGAACCUCUACCAGAACGUGCUCAAGCUGGCUUGCUAUAACAACAUUGAUCCGAAUUCCCUGGAUGCAAGUCACAGUGCUAUCGACUUGGCCACAGCCACUGCCGGAACUGUGAACGCUCGGGGAAACGCGCGGCCACCCAAGCCACGUAGAUCUGACAGUAACACCAGCAGGCCCAACGGCGUGCCUGUCUCCACCGCUACACCGCAGUUCGAGCCGUUGAACUCUCCGGUCGUCGCCGCCAGUAAUGGCAGCUCUGCGGCUCCCGGGUAUCAAGACCGCAAUGCCAAGACAGCAACUAUGCUCACCACCAUGAGUUUCCACUCAGACAUGGACGACUAUGAAGGAAUGGACUGGCGCAAGGCCAAAGACAUUCGACUUAGACCCGAGCUGACUGCUCGCGUAUACGAGAACUUCACCGAAAGUGAACUGUGAUGUUUGGUAAGCUGAAUGUUCAGCGACUUUGAAGUUCUGCACCAUUGCUGCGCCAGUUGAUCUGGCCAGGCCACAGUGAAUACGUGGUGAAGUGACCAGAACACAGUGAAUACGUGGUGAAGUGACCAGAACACAGUGAAUACGUGGUGAAGUGACCAGGACUCAGCCAUACCCCCGUACAGCUAUGUGUAUGUAUUUACAAAACUGCAACAACCUAGUAUUACCGCCAUCAUACUAUUGCUCUUGAACUUCGUAUUCCCAGGAGGAGUCCCUGUCUUGAGAAGACGUGUUGCCAGGUAGAACUGCUAACGAGAACAGAGGCACUAACCAGACAAAGGUAAAUAAUUACCGGGAAUGGAGAAAGUAAGAAUACCAUUCCAAGCACAAUUUUAUUAAGCAGUGUACAUAGGGAUGUUCUUAUUUCUGUGUGUGACUAGUAUAACUGUUAGUAUACUAAUAACUCUAGUGCGAUUGCCACAAAUUACAAUUUACAGCACUGCAAAUCUACGGAUAGAGUUUAAAAUUGUGUCCGACAUAGUUUGUCCGACAUAUUUUUUAAUUAGUUGUGACUGAGCUGCUAAGGCUGGCGUAAGCAUGCACAAUACCAGUUAUAGGGUGAACAAUAGAGACUGCUCUACACCCAUCUCAGUGCUCUUUUUUCAGCUGCCCAACCUGGGUUCUCUCUCUCUCACACACACGCACACACACACACACGCACGCGUGCACACGCACGCACAUCAUCACUUCUUAUUUUUGCACUCAUAGGUUCUCAUAAAUUACAGUCAUAGAUUUUCCAUAUUGUGAGGUUUCUAUAUUUUCUAAUAUCAAUUCUGCUGCCAUCUUGACACAGUGAUUUCUCAACAUAGUGGUGGCUCUACAAGUCAUCUUUUUAUUAUGACAUCUGCUGACAUUUGUAAUGCAUGGCAAAUAACAGUUUCAAGUCAUACUA